AUGAGUGAACAAAGCAUACAACUCGAGCGAUAUGAGGACAGGGAAACUUUAGCCGGAAUCCCAACUCGCAAUGAUAUUAUUUCAGAAUGUGAUAAUGGGUUAACUGCUAUACUCCAACAAAAUUUAUCUGAUAAAAAACCUAUACACUUCAUGUUCAAUGAU